AUGUCGUUCUACAAGCAAAGUAAAGAGGUCACUGUCAAGGGAGUCGAAACUGAUCUCUCCACGACGCCGGUGGUGGAAGACACACUCGGCUCAAACGGUGAUGUCUCAGACAACACGAUCCAGGCGAAGCCAAAGCGGAAAUGGCAGUCCUACAUCUGGGACACGCUGGACAAGUCGCCCGAAGAACGACGGUUCCUGUUCAAACUCGACGCCGCGGUGCUCACUUUUGCCACCCUGGGGUAUUUCAUCAAGUACCUUGAUCAGAUCAACAUCAACAACGCGUUCGUGUCUGGCAUGAAGGAGGACCUGGGCUUGUACAAGAACCAGCUGAACUAUAUGCAAACAUGUUGGACUGUGGGAUACGUCAUUGGCGAAGUGCCGUCAAACAUGAUCCUCACUCGUGUCCGUCCCUCAUUGUGGAUUCCGUUGAUGGAAGUUAUAUGGUCGAUUUUGACCUUCUGCGUUGCGAAAUGCAAUUCAGCGAGCUCGAUCUACGCGCUCCGGUUUCUCAUAGGCCUUGCAGAAGCCACGUUCUAUCCAGGCAUGCAAUACGUGAUCGGAUCCUGGUAUCGGCGGGACGAAUUGGCGAAGCGUUCUUGCAUUUUCCACACGUCGUCCGCUAUAGGGAGCAUGUUUUCCGGCUACCUCAUGGCCGGCGUCUAUCAUCUCGGGGACAAAGGAGGAUUGAAGGGCUGGCAAUGGCUAUUCGUAGUCGACGGGAUCAUCUCUCUCCCGAUCGCCCUGUCCGGAUUCUUCCUCCUUCCUGACGUCCCAGAGAUUACUCGAGCAUGGUACUUCAGCCCAGCGGAGCGCGAGUACGCGCAAAAAAGGAUGAAGUUGGAGGGCCGUGCCCAGCGGGCCCCGUACACAAAGGCCAAAUUCAAGAAAAUCUUCACGUCUUGGAAGAUUUACUUACUAGCCACUUUAUAUAUGACCUUCAACAACGCCGGAGCAGGAGUCAGUCAACCUACCUUCGCACAAUACCUCAAGGAUUCGACGCAUCCAAAGUACACGAUCUCGCAGAUCAACACAUAUCCAACCACCACAUAUGCGGUGCAGAUCGUCAGUACCCUCAUCUAUGCUUGGACAUCGGACAGUGUCUUUCGUGGCGCCCGCUGGCCACCGAUCGUCUUUGGAGGCGUGGUUUCAAUAGUCUGCUACGCGAGCCUUGCAGCGUGGGAUAUCCCAGUUGGUUGGCACUGGGCUUCUUACAUCCUUGCUGGCUGCGGCGGUGGUCUAAGCGGACUAUGCAUGGCGUGGGCGCACGAGAUUUGUACGGACGACAACGAAGAAAGGGCAAUCGUGGUGGGCACCAUGAACGAGUUAGCGUACGUGUUUCAAGCCUGGCUGCCGCUGGUAGUGUGGCAGCAGAUUGAUGCCCCGAGGUACCAUAAAGGGUUUGUCACGUCAGCGUGUCUGAGCGCCGGAAUGAUUGUGUCCGCGUUGGUGAUCAGAGUGCUGUGGAAGCGGGAGCUGGCGAGAAAGGGGAGAGUCGGGCCGGUUGUGUGA